AUGUGUGGUAUCACAGUAAGCAUCGCUCUCGGUCAAGGCAGCCCGUCUCAGAGCACCGGCCAAGCCAAUGGCCACACAGGCGACGCUCAGGGGGUCCACCCCGGAUGUGAAGCUACAUCCCUCGAGGACCAGUUACACAAGAGCCUCGACCUCAUCGCCCAUCGCGGGCCCGACGCAAAGGGCGUCUGGAUCAGCGACGACGGUCGUGUCGGUGAGAACAUCAUGCCUCCCUCCCAGGGGGAAAAAAACCGAAAGGCCUCUCUAACAAACCCCCCCAGGUCUCGGCCACUGCCGCCUCUCAAUAAACGACCUAACCCCCGACGGCGAUCAGCCACUGCACAGCCCCGACGGGCGCGUGCACGCCGUGGUGAACGGCGAGAUCUACGACCACGACCGGAUCCGGGAGUCUCUCGCCCGCAACGGCGGCUACGACUUCCGCGGCCGCAGCGACAGCGAGGUGGCCGUUGCACUGUACGCGGCGCACGGUGCUCCGGCGUUCCUGGACCACCUGCGCGGCGAGUUCGCGAUCGUGCUGCGGGACGAGGGCGAGGGUGGGAAGGUCGUCGUGGCGAGGGAUAG